ACCCUGGUAUCAGCGGCAUCCUCAUCAGUGUGUAGUCUACGCUCCUACUGUCAGCUACGCCAUGUCUCCGUACUUUGCACUAGUACUCCUAGCUGCUGCUGUGCUGUGCCCCGCUGAGGCAGAGGUAGUACGCGUGCAGAAGUGUCACCUGCCAGCUGCCAGUAGAUCGGCAUGUGUAGUUCAUGAAGUAAGGGUUGACCCUUGCCCUGAGGCACUUGAGAACCGGCCUUGCAAAAUAAGACUAGGAGCAAACUACUCAAUGAGCUUCGACUACACACCGACGUUUAGUGCUACAAGGGCAGGCAGUCAAGCAUCCAAAGUAAGUAGUAUAGUCGACAUUCCUUUUGAACAGAUGGACAUCAAUGGCUGCAAGUACACUACUUGCCCCAUAGAGGCGAAUAAGAGACAAGUCUACACAUACGCUAUAGAAGUUGGAACCCAGUUUCCUGCGGCCACCCACCAAGUCAAGUGGAAACUGUGGAAUGAAGACAACCACCAUCAGCAGUGUUGUUUUAAAUACAAUUUACAGUUAGCCUACUAAAAAAGUUAAAACAAAUAUAUAUUUAAGACAGUUAAAUUUUAAUGUGUUUACUUACUAUAGAAAUAAAACUAUUUAAUUUUGUUAAUCUAAGAGUAAUCUUUUAUCAGAAUUAUUGUGAAAUGUUUAAAAAGUUCAUUGAAUAUUUUCCAAAUUUAUUCAGUAAUAGAAACUGGAUCUAAACGCAACAUAACUUGUCAUACCAUUGGGAGUUGACAAUAAUAAGAUUUUAUAUUUAUAAUUUGACUUGUAUGUUCAAAGUAACAUUGCAAUUUGUGAAUGUGUCAAUAGGAAUGAGUUUACAAAUUAAGGUGAGUGUUGCAAUAAAAAUUGUCAAACCCAUGAUAGAGUAUUAGCUGAUUACUUUAAAGCAUUUUAUUGGUCUGAAACAGAUUGGCCUCAUUUUAGCUUAAAAAUACACAUGAACAGAAGUUGAAAAUAAAACAAAGCUGUAAGACUUUGUGAAAUUGUUUCUAAACAUAUCUGUCAGACAGCAUAUCUGUUUAAAUGAACAAAUAUACAUCAUGAAACUGUAUAGUUAAUAUGAUUUACACUGUUAUUAGAAUCUGUCAGACAGCAUAUCUGUUUAAAUGAACAAAUAUACAUCAUGAAACUGUAUAGUUAAUAUGAUUUACACUGUUAUUAGAAUCAUCUGAUACAAACACCAUGCUACCAUAACACAUUAGUCCCUGUGUGCUUUAUAAUUUGCUUUCUGUGUGUGUAAUAUUUUAACAAACAUUUAUUUUUUUUUAUUUAAAAAUGAUUUAUUUUGAAAAAAGUGUCUAUGUAUUUCCUGACAUAGUCUACUUUGCAUAUAUGAAUGUUUACAUAAAAAUUAUAAAAAAGUUAAUUUUGAGAUAAUAGAUAUACAUACGGUACUAUUUUCCAUAAUAACUAAUUUAUUAUGUGGCACACAAAAUAUUACACGAAACAAAUUUGCAAUAUACUGUACAUGUUUACCUAUUUUAGUAUGUCACAAAUAACAAAAAUUUAGACCAAAACUAGCUAGAUUUUCAGAAGUUAUUCAUAACUAAUUUAUUAGCUAGAUAUAUUGAAUAAUAAUUGUGUAGUAAUUAAAGUUAAUGUUGUAAUUUUCAGUACUAAAGAUUUGUUAUUAUUUAUUUUAAAUUUAGUAUUUUAUUUAUUUUUAUGACAAAAGCUAUAUUUUAUUUAAUAUAGUUAUAGAACAAAGAUUGAUAAUAAAAUACUAAAUUAUAUAUAUAUAUAUAUAUAUAUAUAUAUAUAUAUAUAUAUAUAUAUAUGUGUGUGUACUGUUUUUAUUUGAUUAUAAUUAAAAAGAAAAAAAGUGUUCCCUCUUGGAAACUUUUAUAAAUUGGUAAUUUUGUCCUGGCUCUGUUGUGAUAUAACAAAAACAAAAAGCUUUUGGGUUGCAUUUUAAUAAUAGGCUACCACUGAAUGAGGUGAGUAGUGGAAUUAUUACAGUAAGACAGUAAUAGAGUAAUGUUUUACAUUGUAGAAUCAUUCAAUGUAUUGUUGGACAUUUUAAUCCAUGUUAGCUUUAUAGCAUGAUUUAUUAAGUAAAAAAAAAACAGUAUUGAUGAAUAAAUUCAUAUUUUAAGCUUC